UCUAUUUUCUAUAUUUUAUUUUUCAUUUAAAUUUCAUAGUAGAUCCCAUUUUCCUCCAUUUUCGUUCUCUCCCAUCUCCGAGUUUUUGAUUAUUCGAUUUCUCUCUUUCUCUCGGGAGGAAAGAAUGGCUAACGACAAUAACGCCAACCUCAACAACACCAGCGAUCGCGAGGAAUCGAGUCCCCUGUUGAACAAGAGCCACCAAGAAAAUGACAAGAAACCGACUAAACUUACCGACACCAAAGUUGCUGCAUCACCGGCAGAGAAAUCCGCCGCGCCGGAAUUGGGUCAGCCUGAAUAUGGAUGGACCGCUAAUGGGUUACCUUUGGGUCACGGUAGCGUUGUAGGUGAGCCCAUGGGUCGGGCUCAGUGGGAUUCAAGCCUCUUCGCUUGUCUUGGUCGCAACGAUGAGUUCUGUAGCAGCGAUCUCGAAGUCUGUCUUCUUGGAAGUGUUGCCCCUUGUGUGCUGUAUGGAAGCAAUGCAGAGAGACUUGGAUCUAGUCCCGGAACCUUCGCCAAUCACUGCUUGCCCUACACUGGUCUAUACUUGAUUGGUAAUUCAUUCUUUGGUUGGAACUGCCUUGCACCAUGGUUCUCAUAUCCUAGCCGUAUGGCUAUUCGUCGGAGGUUUAACCUGGAGGGAAGCUGUGAGGCACUUAAUAGGUCAUGCAGUUGCUGCGGAAGCUGUGUGGAAGAUGAGCUACAACGCGAGCAUUGCGAGUCAGCUUGUGAUUUUGCAACCCAUGUGUUCUGCCACCCAUGUGCACUUUGCCAGGAAGGCCGUGAGAUCCGCCGCAGGGUGCCUCAUCCUGGGUUCAAUGCUCAACCGGUCUUGGUUAUGAUGCCCCCUGGGGAGCAGGGCAUGGCCCGUGAGGCCUGAAGGCAGUCUACAUUGCCAUGAAAUGACUUAUAUUUCCUGUUUAUAUACAUAUAAAUAUCUGUUGAAGUUGUUUCUAUUACAUAAAUUGCAGCUGAAGAACCUAUUUCUUGGUUUUGCCAACACAAUGACGAUGAAUAUGUAGCAGACAUUGUGUUCUCUUUUUUUUUUACAAUAUAUAUGUUGUCUUGGUUUGAUUUUGAUGUAUUUUAUUUAUUUAUUCGUGGAAAUGAAUCAUUCCUUUUUUAA